AAGCAACCCAAUUCGACAUCAACAAUAAUGAUUUGGUUUCCGUAAUCAAUCUAAAACUAAGAAUAUGCUGACAUUGGCGGAUCCACAUUUGAUCUCGGGGUAGCCCGUGAUGCCCCUCAAAUUCAUCCGAGAUAUGCACACUUUUUCCGUUUUAUUCUUUAAGCCCCAUGUUCCUUCUCUUGCAAUCGAUCAAUUUCUCAUCUAUCUUCUUUCUGUUCUGAUUCAAAUUUCACCAGCUGUCUCUCCCGUUCUCCCUUCAAUCGCACAAAAGAACACGAGGUUCAACCCCUUUCCAUUUAAUCGACUUGCAGGUAUGAUUAUAGUGCAGCGAAUCAGUGGUGGUUUUAGUGGGUUAUGGCGGCUGUUCUCACCAGACGAAUGAGAGGUUGGUUGAUAGCGUGAAGGCCGUGAAUGAAAGUGUUGAAGGUUUAGCUGUAAUGGUUGACACAGGAGGUUGAGAUGUGACUUCAAUCGUCACGUCAUCCAAGUUCUAUUAGAUGCUAAAUGCUCGACUUUAGUCACUAAUCUUAAUAUAUAACCACUCACAAGUAUGAUCCCAAACUGACGAUGCUAAGGUUCACAAAUGAGAGAGAGAG